CGGCCUUUCGCUCCCGCCCGCGCGCGAGGCAAGCGGGAGGGAGGGAGGGGGCGGGGCCGGCGUGCCGCGAGACGAGGAAGCGGCGGUUGGGGAGGCGGCGGGGAGCUGAGGAGACUCCUCCUCUCUUUUCCGUCUGGCGCUUCUCCCCCCCCCCCCGACCGAAGAAGGCCUGGUAUUCUUACCUCAGGCUCAUCUCUCCAUCAUGGGAGAGAUUAAAGUCUCUCCGGACUAUAACUGGUUUAGAAGCACGGUUCCUCUGAAAAAGAUUAUCGUAGAUGACGACGACAGUAAAGUGUGGUCGCUCUAUGAUGCGGGGCCGCGGAGCAUCAGGUGCCCCCUUAUAUUCCUCCCACCCGUCAGCGGCACUGCAGACGUCUUCUUCCAGCAGAUCUUAGCUCUGUCAGGAUGGGGUUACAGAGUCAUUGCCUUGCAGUAUCCAGUCUACUGGGACAUCUUUGAGUUCUGCGACGGGUUCCGAAAACUCUUAGAUCAUCUGCAGCUGGAUAAAGUCCACCUGUUUGGUGCUUCUUUGGGAGGCUUCCUGGCCCAGAAGUUUGCAGAAUACACUCAUAAAUCGCCCAGAGUCCAGUCUCUGGUUCUAUGCAAUGCUUUCAGUGACACCUCAAUCUUCAACCAGACGUGGACAGCAAACAGCUUUUGGCUACUGCCUGCCUUUAUGUUGAAGAAAAUCGUGCUUGGGAACUUUGCUUCCGGCCCCAUGGAUCCAGAAAUGGCCGAUGGAAUCGAUUUCAUGGUUGAUCGGCUGGAAAGCCUGGGUCAAAGCGAGCUUGCUUCAAGACUUACCCUCAAUUGCCAGAAUUCAUAUGUGGAACCUCACAAAAUCAAAGACAUUCCUGUAACUAUCAUGGAUGUCUUUGACCAGAGUGCUCUUUCGACUGAAGCCAAGGAAGAAAUGUACAAGCUGUACCCCAACGCCAGGAGGGCCCACCUCAAGACGGGGGGCAACUUCCCCUACCUCUGCAGAAGCGCUGAGGUCAAUCUCUACGUCCAAAUACACUUACUUCAGUUCCACGGUACCAGAUACGCGGCCAUCGACCCCUCCAUGGUCAGCGCAGAAGAACUUGCAGUGCAGAAAGCCAACCUUCAAGCCAGCAGCGACCAAGAGCAGGCUCCGUAGCUCUCGCACUCAUGGCCUCGCUUCAUCCCGAGCAUCUUUUUGGCAGUCUUCCCCACCCCCCAUCUGCGGUGGCAUCUUUGCAGUCCACCUUUUUCCUUACUACUUUAACUGAUGGGUGAGAGCUUGUAUCCUGAAUCCGAUUUCAUUAAAUGAAAUAAAGGUACAAACGCUUGCUCCCGUCACUGUUAGCGGGCUGUCCUCCUUUACGUUUGGAUGAUUAAGGAUGUAACUUUGGAAGACUUGUUUAAAAAAAAAAAAUCAAAGACAAACUUUUGCUACCAAAGCCUUCACAGCUGUGUUCUUAAAGAGACUAUUUUUUUUAACUAUACAUAGAGUUUGUGUGUCCCUGUGUGUAUAUGUGUGUGUUUGUAUGUAUAUAUCAUGAGCAAAUUGUCUAGAGGGUCAUUUAAUCGUUUGAAUAUUUACUUUGAGAGAAAAAAAAACACCUAUGUUGAUGUGCCAGUGUUGCCUUCUCUUUUCUUUUAUAUCCUUUUUGCAAGCUGGUGACUCCGUUUGUGACUGAAACAUUCAAUUUUUUUUUGUAAAACUGCCUUGCUUUCAGAAUGAAACUUUCAAAUAAAAUUUCAGUUAAAAAAAAAAA